UAUACAAUUUGUAGCGGUUUGGACUGAUCUCAGACGAUGAUGAUUGCGUGACGAUACAAAAAACGAAACUUAAAGCCAAACACUUAACUUCAACUCUUGUUUAUUUCCAAUUCCAAAUCCAAACCACAACUUCAAUAUGGUACCCAAAUCUGCUCAAACUUCCCAUCCUUCUUGGUUCACGCCCAAAAGGCUUCUAGGUAUAUUUUGUUUCAUAAACUUGAUUAACUAUGUGGAUCGUGGAGCUAUAGCUAGCAAUGGUGUUAAUGGAAGUCUUGCAACUUGUACUGAUUCUGGUGUUUGUACUUCCGGUACUGGAAUUCAGGGAGAUUUUAACUUGAACAAUUUUCAAGAUGGAGUUCUUUCAUCUGCAUUUUUGGUUGGACUUUUAAUUGCUUCUCCAAUAUUUGCUUCUCUUGCCAAAAGUCACAAUCCAUUCCGGCUUAUUGGUGUUGGAUUGUCUGUUUGGACAUUUGCGAUAGCUGGAUGUGGCAGUUCUUUUGAUUUUUGGUCUAUUGCAAUAUGCCGAAUGCUAGUCGGUGUAGGUGAGGCUUCCUUCAUAAGUCUCGCAGCACCAUUCAUUGAUGACAAUGCCCCUGCUGCACAGAAAACAGCAUGGCUUGCUACAUUUUACAUGUGUAUACCAGCUGGAACUGCUCUGGGAUAUGUUUAUGGUGGAGUGGUUGGAAGCCAAUUUAACUGGCGUGUUGCAUUUUGGGGUGAGGCAAUUUUUAUGCUUCCUUUUCCCAUAUUGGGUUUUUUAAUAAAGCCAUUGCAGUUGAAAGGAUUUGCUCCCGUGGAAUCCAAGCAGACACUAACAUCUAACGGAGCAAAUGUUUCAGAAAAUGGAGCUGAUGGCAUGCCUUCUGUAGAUCAAGCCUUUAUCAGAGGAUCCAGCUUAACAUCCAACUUAAGGAAUCAGUUCACCAGAUUCUCGAAAGAUAUGCAAGAGCUUUUGUAUGACCGUGUGUAUGUUAUAAAUGUUCUAGGGUACAUAUCAUUCAAUUUUGUCCUUGGAGCUUACUCUUACUGGGGGCCAAAGGCUGGAUAUAGUAUAUACCAUAUGAGUAAUGCUGACUUGUUGUUUGGAGGUAUUACAAUUGUUUGUGGGAUUUUUGGGACUCUAGCUGGAGGCUUGAUUCUUGAUAAGAUGACUUCAACAAUCUCAAAUGCUUUCAAGCUUCUUUCUGGAGCAACAUUUCUAGGGGCAAUCUCUUGUUUGAUUGCUUUCCUUUUCAAGGGCUUGUCUGGUUUUAUUGUCUUCUUCUCUGUGGGUGAACUGCUGAUAUUCGCAACCAUGGCUCCGGUAAAUUAUGUUUCUCUCCGUUGUGUAAAACCAAGUUUGAGGCCGCUGGCUAUGGCAAUCUCUACGGUGUCAAUCCAUAUUUUUGGUGAUGUCCCUUCCGCACCACUUGUUGGGGUCCUGCAGGAUUAUGUCAACGACUGGAGGAAAACAUCUCUUUGUCUAACAUCUAUUUUCUUUCUUGCUGCUGUAAUAUGGUUCAUAGGAAUCUUUUUGAAAACUAAGGAUCUGUUGAACGAAGAUGACGAAGACCAAUCGACAACAACUCUAAUAGGGGAAAGAAAGCCAUUGCUUGAAGCAAGCAGCUCCAGUCAAGCCUAGUUUCCUACACUUUUAUUACUAAUGACAUGCUUACAUUUGCAAAAAUUAAAUUACCCUGGUUUAUCCUUCAAGAGGUGAAAAUUGGCAGCAUCUUUACUCUAAUAGUCAGUCAUACAGAAAAUGGUGGACAGUGCUUUUGAUACUUGUUGGUGAUGAGGAUAUUGGAACAAAUUUUCAAGUCUUGCAACCACUCAUCAUGAUCAAAUUGUUGUUUCGCUCCUCAAAAGUAUUUUCAAGUCUUGUAAGUAUUGCAAUUCUCAAAUCUUAUCAUGAAAAAGAAACUAUUAGUGGAUAUUUGUUAUUCCAUGUAAUUAUUGUAAUUAAAGUACUGACUUUAAAGAAAAAGAAAAACUAGCAGCAGAUAUCUUCUGCUGGGAAUGUGUACUUGCUCAAA